AUGGUGUCGACACACGAUGCUGGCUCCUCCGCGCUUGUGCCAGCCGCGGCCCUCUCACACCUGGGAGGCAGCCCGCUUGGCCUUGCGGCGGGAGAUGAGGCGAGAAAUCCAGAGACCGAUCAGACCGCAAGCGACGAGGAAGACGAUGCAGAAGACGACGAUGACACCGGCCUCCUGAGAAGCCCAGUUGCGCUUGGCGAGCUGGUGGACAGCGUCGCGAACAACGAUGGAGUUGAUGGCGGGCAUUGUGACUGA